UAGUCCACUUGUCACAUUGUGCACGGCGCUGCAUCAGACUACAGAGUGUGUUGCGCUCGUGGAUGCGUUCAACAGGAGUCAAGAGACAAUCACGCGCUUUUAAGAACUUAGAAGCGAUUUACGUGUCAAUAGAGAAGACUAGAGAAUUUGUCAGUAGGUCCAUUUGGCAUCGAUUCCCACCAAAUCGACCAUUUAUAAGUGACAUGUUGCCGUUUUCCGCUUGAGCAAAGGACUCUCUCGCGCGCAUUUGGAACAGUGUGCAUCGCGCGUGCUCUCCAGUCCACUUCAGAUAUUUUAUAUCAGAAGAUUUCUGGACAUUUUCACCAUGGCACCGCCACAAAACGGAUCUAACCUAACUGGGAACUUUACAAACCAGUUCGUGCAGCCGCCGUGGCGCGUCGCGCUCUGGUCUGUGGCGUACAGCUCCAUCCUAGCGAUCGCGGUGUUCGGGAAUCUGAUCGUCAUGUGGAUCAUUUUGGCUCACAAGCGGAUGCGAACCGUCACCAAUUACUUUCUGCUCAACCUGGCGUUUUCAGACGCAUCGAUGGCCGCUUUCAACACUUUGAUUAAUUUUGUUUAUGCCACGCACGGUGAUUGGUAUUUUGGAGAAGCCUACUGCAAAUUUCACAACUUUUUCCCCGUCACCUCAGUGUUUGCGAGCAUUUACUCCAUGAGCGCAAUAGCAGUCGACAGGUACAUGGCCAUCAUCCAUCCCCUGAAACCACGACUCUCAGCCACAGCCACUAAGGUGAUCAUUGUGUGUAUUUGGGUGCUGGCUGUGGUUUUGGCCUUUCCACUGUGUUUCUUUUCAACCAUCAAAAAAUUACCCAAGCGUACACUCUGCUACGUUGCCUGGCCGAGACCUUCAGAGGACCCUUUCAUGUAUCAUAUAAUCGUGGCAAUGCUGGUGUAUGUUCUGCCCCUGGUGGUCAUGGGCAUUAACUACACUAUUGUUGGGUUGACUCUUUGGGGAGGAGAGAUUCCUGGUGACUCAUCAGACAACUAUCAGGGCCAACUGCGGGCCAAAAGAAAGGUGGUGAAAAUGAUGAUCAUCGUAGUAGUGACCUUUGCCAUCUGCUGGCUGCCAUACCAUGUAUAUUUCCUGGUUACGGGAUUGAACAAGCAGCUGGUUAGAUGGAAGUUCAUUCAGCAGAUCUAUCUUUCAGUCAUGUGGCUUGCCAUGAGCUCCACCAUGUACAACCCCAUUAUUUACUGCUGCCUGAACAGCAGGUUUCGGGCCGGCUUUAAACGGGUUUUCCGCUGGUGCCCGUUUGUGAGGGUGUCCGACUACGACGAGCUUGAGCUGCGGGCCAUGCGGCAUAAAGUAGCGCGUCAGAGCAGCAUGUACACGCUCUCACGAAUGGAGACCACCGUUGUCGCUGUGUGUGAUCCCUCAGAGCCAACCGCCAACCCAGGACGGAAGAGCCUUCACAACCACCAGCACAAUGGCUGCUCCAACCCGGCCAAGAGCAAAGAAGUAACGUAUAUGCAAAGCGACCCGAAGGAGGAAUUCUGUUGAGAUGGACUCUUGAUGUAAGAUUCACACUGAAGUAUCAAGCACAGCCAUUUUAACAAACCUCAUUCUGUAAAUUUGCAAGGGAUGUUGAGAAGUAAAAAGCAGACUGUUUCAGUUU